AUCGCUGGAGAAGAUCCCAGAGCAGACGGAUCCGCUGUCUGAUGGCUUGAAAACGGGGAAUCACUGUGGACCGCAGCGGAUUUAUAGCAUCGUACGAGCCCGGAGGAGCGACGCGGAGGCGGCACGAGCGGACCGGGUGCCGACACGGGUCGGGAUACAUUACCUUUAAGUGAGGCUGUUAUCGUUUUUUUUGUUUUUGGAAGCCUUACACAGACAACACGGAGAGAAAAGUAGUACCACAGCCUCCGCGACAGCAGCGGGCGAACUUGUCAUCUCUGUCCUGUGGGAGGUGUCUGUCUGUCGGCUUGGGGCUCUCUGCACGCACCGCUCGUCUCGUCACUGAUUUGACAUUUUUAAUUUGAGGGAUAUUUGUUGUGUUUUGUACAAAUCGCUCUUAUUUAGUGUUUUCCCUCAACCAACUGUGGCUUUAAUGUGACGCACCACACUGACACUUGUGCUGUGUGUAGAGCAGACCCUCUGCAGAGGAGUAAAAGGCUCCCUAAUCAAGUUUUUUUCCCCCCCUUCACAUUUCUGCGGCAACAGCACAGACCACACCGAUGUCAUAGGGACAAGGACAGAAGCAGACCAAGCUGGCCCAGGCUAGGCCAGGCCUAGGCCUACCUAGCCAUCAAUCUGGCCUUACAAUAGAGGCCAGCAACCUCUCUUGGAAGUCUUUUGUUCAGGCAGCUGAGGAGGCUUCAGCCUGGUCUUACAGAGACAUCCCCAGAACUAAAAAAUCAAACUUUGGAGUCCAGGCAUCUUCUGUCAUCUUUUAAGAGGCCAUACUGGUCUAAUAGAUCUCCAGUCAUUCCAUGUUGCGGUCAUCCCAGUCUGGUUGUUGGCAGCAGGAUGGAGCUACGUGUUGAUUUGACGGUUAUCGUCUCACUGCAGUGCUUGCACCCCUCCUCUGUCGACUGCCUUUCAUCCCUUCCCUCCCCAGUUUUUAAGAGAAAGCCCCUUCCACUCACCUGGGGCUUCCCUGAGCCCUCCACGAAAGGGCCUUGUAGAAACUGUGGGUUGUUAAUUUAAAACAUUGCAAAGAGGAAAGCAAAAAAAUACAAAAGACAUCAAGGAUUGCUGCAUUCAGUCGAUUUUGUUUUUUGUUCUAUUGCACAUUAACUUUCCUUUUCUUGCGGUUUGAUUAAUGAACUAGGAGGUUGAGAUCUGCGCUCAGAGUUUACAGGAAUAAGUUACAUAAAAGUCUUUACAUACAGAUUUGCUCUUUUAACAGUUUGAGCUUUUUUUUUUUUUUUGAAAGAAUGUCUGAAGAAAAUAGCAGCAGCAAAGCAGUGAAAUUCAUUGCUCCUCUUGCCCCCGUUUCUUCUCCGUCCCUCUGCCCAUCACCCCAGACCCCCCACAAGAAUGUGAACGGCUCUGCCAGUUCAGACACACAUGUCGUGGAGAAGCUUGGUGGAGAGCCGGAGGUCCAACGUCGGCGCCACACAAUGGAUAGAGACUCUAAAACGGCCGAGCACCGUUUCUUCCGCCGGAGUGUCAUUUGUGACUCGAAUGCCACAGCUUUGGACCUGCCCAGCAAAGCAGCUGUGUUACUCACAUCACCCCCAGACUGUGAAGGGACUCCCACCAUCUUCUCUCCGCAGCUUUUAAACCUUGGACGACAGGAUUAUGAAGGUGAGGAGUCCCAAAGAGGUUCCUAUCUGCAGAGCAGUACCCUUCAGCCUUCAUUUGGGCAUGGUGGGGCAGUCGAAGAGGGGCAUCUACAAAAUGCCGAGGGAGAUUUGCAUGUGUGCACGAUUGCUGUCCCUACCAGUAGCAGCGUUGAACAUAGUGCAGAUGGGGCAGUAACAGAGCCCAGCUCGACAAUAUUGGAUGUUACCAAUAAAACAGUAGCCAAACAGCCUGACAUCGCAUUGCGUCCCAGAGGGCUUCAGGAACAGGUGGCCAAAGAUGGAAAAGCAGUAGGAAAUGUGUAUGAGGGAAGCAUCAGUAGUCCAACCGAGGAGAAAGACAGGGAGACGGAGGAGGAGAAGGGGCUCGCGAAAGCACGGGCAGAGCAGAGGGAACGGGAGCAAGAGGACAUAGAGGAGGCUGAAACAAAAGCUGUAGGGACUUCACCAGAUGGACGCUUCCUGAAAUUUGACAUUGAGAUCGGGAGAGGGUCUUUUAAGACUGUCUACAAGGGUUUGGACACUGAGACAACAGUGGAAGUGGCAUGGUGUGAGCUACAGGUAAGGUUACGCUCAUAAAACUGUGACCUAUUCAGUGACUGUGCUGUCAUUUCCUGUUAAUUUGCCAAAGUCUCAAAAAGUUGCCAUCCAGGUGCUGAAUUUUACCCUUUCUAUUUGUGCCUCUUGCUCAUUACCUUGACAGGAAGAUAUAGUCUUCCUGUUUAGGCAGAGACUUUCUGUGUAAUUGUGCACGAAAGGAGAUAAGUCUGACUGGGACUGAUGUACCAGUGCGGAUUAAAUGGGAAGUGUUUACAACAAAAUCCAACAGAGGUCUGUGUGCUAUUUAAGGCAGCGACUGUGACUUUGGUAAAUGUACUUUUGCUGUGAGUUUGAGCGCACAUUUUCUGCUUGUGUGGUUUUUAGUUUAAGUUUCACUGCAUGUGGAGCUGAGUGUUGAGGUACACUGUUAUCACAGUCAUAGUAUUCGUAGCCCAAGCAGCAGAAGACGUAAUGAAGAUCCUCCAGUAAUUGUUUUCAUGAAUAAUGGAUUCUAACUGUAAGUCUGUCAUUAAAAAUCCACUGCUUCUUGGACUGAUUUAAUGCAGCAUGAGCUGUCACUCAAGGGACUGCACUGCUUGAAAUUAUUUAGCUGACUGGUUAUAACAUUUUUUAUAGUGCCGGCCUGGACAUUUAGCACCUCCUUAGGCCAAAGUUGUAUUUUUCUAAAGCUAUUGUCUCUCAUCAGCUGCAACUCUGACUUCUGUAGACAUCACCUGUCGGAGGUGCACAUGAGAACGCAAAUGUCCCACCUACUGUAGUCAGAGCAGAGAUCUGCCGGUUUUUAAACAAUCAGCUAGUAGUUGCAGACCACAGUAACGCUCUGUGUGACCUAUGAAUAAACAGAAGAAGUCUACUAAUCAGAGGGUUGGUGGUUCGUCCCUUUGGUCCUCCAGGUUGGAUGUCCAAGUAUCCUUGGACAAGAUACUGAACCCCAAGUUGCCCCGGAUGCAUCCUUUGGAUUGUAACUGCAUGAACACAGAGAGCAUUGCUGGGGUCUGCGAUUAGAACUACUAGAAGUAUUCUGCUUGGCAACGGAUCUGUCGAAAUAGAGGAAGCAAGAAACACUUUGCACUAGGGAGGUGACAGUUUAAAGAUUCAAAUCUCUGUAUUGACUAGGUGGGACAUAUACGUUCUCAUGUGCACCUCUGACAGUGGAUUUCUACAGAACG